GCGAGGAGGCACCUGCUAGUGUUGAAUCCAGGCAGGCAUCCCUCUGUCUCAACUCAAAGUGGACAGCAGAGUGACAGCCGGGGGACAGAUGGAUGAGGGCGAGCAGCACCAGGCUGACAUUGACUCAUUCAACAUUUGGCUCUUUAAUAAGAUCAUCUGAAGCAAGACCAAACUGUUUCUAUGGCGACAUCCUGCAGCUUGAGGAGCACCAUGGGUGUAAACAAAUGUUUCAGCUUACUUUUGCUUACUCUCACCACACAAGUGUGUUGUUAUGCUGGACCCCGAGCUCAUGCUGAGGAGAAGCUGCUCCAGGAUCUGUUCGUGCGUUAUAACAAGCUCUCAAGACCAGUGGAAAACUCGUCAGACACAGUGCUGGUCCACUUUGGUCUUUCCAUAGCUCAGCUUAUAGAUGUGGAUGAGAAGAACCAGAUGAUGACCACAAACGUCUGGGUCAAGCAAGAAUGGAAUGAUUACAAGCUGCGCUGGAACCCAGAGGAGUACGAGAAUGUCACCUCCAUCCGCAUUCCCUCGGAGAUCAUCUGGAGGCCGGACAUCGUGCUUUACAACAAUGCUGAUGGUGACUUUGCGGUAACCCACCUCACUAAGGCCCACCUGUUCCAUGAUGGACGGAUAAAGUGGAUGCCACCAGCCAUCUACAAGUCUUCGUGCAGUAUCGAUGUCACCUUUUUUCCCUUUGACCAACAAAGCUGCAAGAUGAAGUUUGGUUCAUGGACCUAUGAUCGAGCCAAGAUUGACCUUAUCAGCAUGGCCAGUGAUGUGGACCAGAUGGACUACUGGGAGAGCGGCGAGUGGGUUAUAAUGAAUGCAGUGGGAAAGUACAACACCAAAAAGUACGAGUGCUGCACCGAGAUAUACGCGGACAUCACGUACUACUUCAUCAUCCGCAGGCUUCCGUUGUUCUACACCAUUAAUCUUAUCAUUCCCUGUCUACUUAUCUCCUGUUUGACUGUGCUGGUGUUUUAUUUACCGUCGCAAUGUGGAGAGAAGAUCACCUUGUGUAUUUCUGUUUUGUUGUCGCUAACUGUAUUCUUGCUGUUGAUCACAGAGAUAAUACCAUCCACAUCGCUAGUGAUUCCACUCAUUGGUGAAUAUCUGCUGUUUACCAUGGUCUUUGUUACGCUUUCAAUUAUAAUUACCGUCUUCGUUUUGAACGUACACCACCGAUCACCUCAAACCCACGGAAUGCCACAUUGGGUGCGAAGGGUAUUUUUGGACAUGGUGCCCCGGGUCCUCUUCAUGAAGCGACCCCCCGGCACGGCCAAGCAACACUGCAAGAAGUUGAUCGAGAUGAUGCAUCGGCCAACCAUGAUAUCAGCAACGGGCAACUCCCAGAGCUUUUGGAUGGGUUUAGAAACAGGCCUGACCCAAAUAGGACAAGUUGAGAAGACACUCCCAAAAACACCAACCGACAGCCCAAACAUCCGCGUCUGCUCUCCUUCUCCUCCCUCCUCGCCUAUCAAAGAACUCAACCAGGAGGAACCCCCAGUUAAGGCCAGCAUUUUCUACCAAUCACCUACUAAACAGUAUUCAGGUCUUCAACGAGGACACAACCCCUCAACCUUGUCCUCUUCUCAGCUUUCUUUACCCCCGACUUUGGCUCUCGGACCCCUCCGCCACAUUUCCAAGAAUAGUGCAAAUAAGCUGUCCUCAAAUGGCCGCUCACUCAGCGUUGAACAAAUGUGCGACCUGCAGCGGGAGCUUCCUUUGAGGGCCACACAACGAUGUCACUCGAGCAGCUUCGAGUAUUGCAGCCUGCACAACGAAGGCCCAGAGAAAAGGAGCGGGAGUGUAGACCGAGCCAAACAACAAGCCCCAAAAAACUGCUUCACAGAAAACCUCAAAGCUGAUUACACUAAAGAUGCUAGAGGCCAACAAGAGGCUGUGAUUCACCGCAUCACUCCAGCUAUGCAACGAGCCAUUGAGGGAGUUCAAUAUAUAGCUGAUCAUCUCAGGGCGGAGGACGACGACUUCUCAGUGAAAGAGGACUGGAAGUACGUCGCCAUGGUCAUUGACAGGAUUUUCCUCUGGAUGUUUGUACUGGUGUGUAUAUUGGGAUCAGUAGGACUCUUUCUUCCUCCCUGGCUGGCUGGAAUGAUCUGAAAUCUGAUUGCUCAACAAAAGAGAAGAUGAUUAUUUACCUGUUCUGGUCUUUUUUUUCUCCAAAAGGAGCUUCGAGUGUUUUGUCCCAGAUUAACAUAAAGGUUACGAACAAGGUGGAAUGUCUAUCAUUUACUGGGAGUACAUAAAUUUUUUAUGGGGCAGUGAAAACAUCCCUUUGUACUUCUCCGUUUCGACAUUGAGCUUCACAUCUCAAACUCUCUAACUAAAAUGUCACUCAGUGCAGUGCAGAUCUCUUCCAAGGUUGAACAAUUUUAAAUUCUAUUAGCUACGUGGACGCAGAAUCCCUUGUAGUCGCCAUUGUUAUUGACAUUCAUUCAUUAAUCACUGAGAAAGCAAGGUAAAUGUGCAAUUACCAAUGUUUAUAAUCAAUCAAUAAUCAACUAAAUUAAGAAUUGUGGGGAAUUGUGCAGCGUUGAUUGUUCAUUAUUCUUCUCCUGAAAUAAUUGAGGCAAAACUGAGUGCAGUGUUUGGCUGCAAUCAGCAGGGGUGCUGUUUUCAAGUCUUAAUUAUUCAAGGUCAGGGCGGGCCCUGGACAUAGGCGAGCCAGGAGGUUGCCGAGGGUGCCAUUUUGUGGCGG